CUUGGUGAAUUUCGAGCUGCGGGCACGUGCCAUGGUAAACAGAAGCAACAAAGAAGAAAGAAAGGAAGAAAAUUUGGCCGUCGCAGCGCGCACGGAGGCCUGGCUCCGGUGCUGGGUUGAACCGAGUCAUGACUGGCGUCGUCCGAAGCUCGUGAUUCGUUCCUAGACGCUCACUGAGUCGGCUCUCGCACAGUCAUGAGCAGUUCCAAGCCCGUCGGAGGCCCUCGCAUCCGGCUGGAGGGCGGUAGCGGUGGCUCCGUCGAUGGAGGCUAUCAGGAGAUCGCCGUUCGCUUCAAGAGUCCCAGCAACUCGACAAGCUACGAGAGCUUCGCGAGUCGUCAGCCUCCCGUGGCGUACACGGCCGUGCUGGGGCCGUACGGCGCCAGCGUGAGCGCUUCCAUCGAUGACGGCGACAGGGAGCCAGAGAUGAAGGUCGUCGAAGAGUGCAAGGGACACACGCCAUUAGACGACAUGGGGAUCAAGAUACACAACAAGCAGCCAACAAUUCGUCUCGUGCCCCGCUGUCGCGGCACGCCGUACGGUACCCAGUCGGGAGUAAUCAUCGACGACGAUUACUCCGAAGAUGAGGACUUGGUUCAACUGUCGCUUGAUGCACCUCCGGGCCUCCGCGUAAUCGGACGCUGCACCGACCACAGCGGUGGUGGCUCCUACUCUUACAUCGAGGAGCAAAUUAGCAUGCCACCCGCUGUAGGUCGCACCGGUCGCUGCCGCGACCACAAAGCAAAUCGCGGAGGUAUGGGAGGUGGUGUCCAAGACCACUCGGGCGCCUCUGAUCGUCAUGGACGCCUGCCGGCCAUCGCACACGUGAUAGGCGAGUGCCGGCACUUCCCCAACAUGUCCGAGACCGAGCUGUCGUACGAGGACGAUUAUCAGACGUGCAAGAUGUGUGUGCAAAUGUUACACGACAAGGGGAGAGACGGCGCUGCCGGAGGGGGCACAGGAGUUGGCCCAGUAACUUCGAAGUUGGCCCGCAAGUCGUCCAUAGUUCACAUAUACGCCGACGGUAGGGAGGGCGACGGCUCCAAGGGUCACAGAGAGAUACGUCUGUGCGAGAUGAGGGCCCGCCAGGCUAGUAAAAAGCCUUCGCCAGGACAACCGCAGGCAGCACCGCCUCCACCACCACCACCGUCUUACCGGGACAGGGAAAGAAAAUCCAGGGCACCGCACAAGGUGCCUUCUGGUUCUGGAAUGAAGUUUCGCUCGAAAAUAUUUUCACAGCCUGCAUCUAGGACACAGUCGCGCCCAUCUUCAAGCCCAUCACGUAGUCCUUCUAGCCCAACGCCCACACCUUCGAGGCCAUCGUCGAAACAGUCUUCUAGACACGCCAUUUCCAGUUCGCGUUCGCCAUCCCGGCCAGACUCGCGCUCUCCUUCCAUGGCGACAACUGCCAGGUUGGAAGUCGAGGACAUGUCUUCGGGCUCUUCGGAAGCGUCGAGCAUCGAGGUUCAAGUGAGCAAGCAGUGGGAGAGCAGCCGCCGCGACAAAGGUGACAGCGGACGCCGCGACAAAGGUGACACCGGGCGCCGCGACAUAGGUGACACUGCGCGCGAGAAGAGGAGCAGCGGUCGCUCUAUGUCGAAGAAGCCCAUGGCGCCGACGCCUCCACCGGAGAUACGUUACGCGAUGCAGGCCAAGUUGGCGUUGAGCAAGGCUUCCCUGGAAAGCGUCAAGCGGAAAAGUACCGACAAGAUCGGCGGCCUACCUCAUUCUGCACCCACCUCGGCCGAGAUGGUGAUGCGGGCCGCCUGGGAACAGUACUACCGCGAGUACGACAGGUACAAGGAAGAGAUGGCCGAAUGGGAGAACGUGCAGCGAAAGAUGCGGAAACAGCUGGCCCGCUUCAUGUCGGGUCCCAGCAAGCCGCCCGCGCCGCCUCCGGGAGUCCGGGAGACCACACCGGCGGCUUCCAAGACCGCGCUUGCACUUGCCCACGACCCGAACAGCACCAGCAUGAGCAACAGCGGCUCCAAUCAGCCUCCCAACCCCGACGAAGGAAUGCACAUAAGAAUCGGCCUGCCCGGCAGAAUGGUAAAGGGACGUCGAAGCAGGAGCUUCAGUGUUGGCCGGCCUAUCGAGGAUGCGCCGCCGUGCGUGCAAGCCAUAUACGCUCAUCCGGGAGCCUUCGGGCCACCCGGAAUGUUCGGCUCGCAGCCUUCCCUCGGCGGUCCACCGCCACCGUUCGGACCGCCUCCGCCGCAACAGCUUCCCCCUUUCGGUAGGCCACCUGGCCCUCCGUUUGGCCCGUUCGGCCGCCCUCGAAUGCCGAUGCUUAUGCCGCCGCCACAGCUCGGCCCGCCCGGUCCCUUCGGACCGCAGUUAGAGUAUAGCGGGAUGAGACCGCCUCGUCGCUCCAUGUCGCACAUAAGGCUCAACUUAAUGUGAACAAUGUGCACGUGAUGCGGACUA